UUAACCCCAAGAAAACAAACUGACCAAACAGGCUCAAAUUUCUCGGAAACACUUCUGAACAUAUGGGACGACGCUACGCGUCAUUUGGAAUAAAUUCCUCGAAUUGAACUGCACAAUCAAAACAAAAACAUUUUUCAGGAAUUGGAAGCAGACGCGGCGAAUUAAAGGAAAGCUGCUCCAAUGAUGGUUGCGUGGAAAUUGAUCGCUUGUUUUCAAUUAUUGUUCACAUUGCUACUACUCGUAUCUCCCCAUCGCCUUGCAAAUGCUUCAUCUUCGAAACCCAACAAAACUGCGCAGCCAAUUUGCAGUAGGGAGUGUAUUGUACAGGACUGCAAUUCUCUGGGAAUUAAAUACGGGAAAUACUGCGGAGUAGGAUGGAGUGGUUGCCCUGGAGAAAAGCCCUGUGACGAUCUCGACGAGUGCUGUAAACAGCACGAUGAAUGCGUCGAGAAGAAAGGGAUGAUGAAUGUCAAAUGCCAUGAAAAGUUUAAGAAGUGUAUUAAGAAAGUUCAGAAGUCUGGAAAAGCUGGAUUUUCUAAGAAAUGCCCAUAUGAUGUGGCAGUGCCAACAAUGACACAGGGUAUGGAUAUGGCAAUUAUGUUCAGCCAGUUUAACAGCCCUGGGUAUGAAUUAUAAGGACCAUUUGUCAAUUAUGUUCAUUUAAGAUGAACACUUUCACCAUUCUUUGUUUCAGACUGGGAAUCAUAGUGAAAACUUGGAGUAAAAGAAUAUUAUAUUCUUCAAUUCAAAAUGUGUACUCCUCCAUGUCUGAAAAUCAUUUUUUGUUGAUGUUAUUCAUGCCAAAGAAAUAUAUUUCCUUACUCCAUAAUGUUUAUUUU